GUACUCCAAUUCCUCCAAACCCUUGCCGAAACCCUCCUCCAAACCCUCGCCGCGAUGGGCAGGAAACCCUCCCCCGCCGCCGCCGCGGCGGUCGACGACGAAGACCUCGCGGCAACCAUGCCAGCCGACCUCCUGACCGCGGCCGACUGCGGUGGCGUCCACGGGCACGCCCUCUUCUUCGACGCCCUCGUGCAGCUCAUCCCACCGCGCUUCUACCUCCCGUCCGGCGAUGAGGACCGCCCCUGGUACCAGGGCCUCUCAAAGGCCGCCAAGGCGGCCAUGAAGGCCCAGUCCCGCGCCAACGUCAAGGCCGCCCGCCGCGCGCGCCUAGACCCCUCCGCGCCGCCGGCCUCCACCCUCGAGCUCCUCAAGAAGUCUGUCGCUGACCAGGCGGCGGAGGAAGAAGAUGACGACGAUGAGGAGAACUCAAGAGAGGAGAGCACGGAAGCUGGGGAUGAGGCAAGCUCCGAGGAUGAAGACGACGAUGAGAUAGAGGAGGAGGAUGAAGACGGGGAUGAGAAGGAUGAGAUGCCUAUUGCUCCGGCGGCAGUGGUGUCCGAGGAUCGGUCGGUGACCUAUGAGGAGCUGCAGGAACGGCUUCGCCGCCGCAUCGCGGAGCUUCGUGGCAACCGAUGCACCAGGCCUGAGUUCUUGAAUAAGCCCAAGAAGGAGAAGGGCAAGAAGGCAAAGGGGAAGAAUGAGAAGAGGGGAAAGGGCGAGGGCAAGAAGAGGAAGCGUGAGGAUGGCACCGAGGAUGCAGAAGGCAAGGAUGGGAAAAAGGCCAAGAAGGCUGAGGAGAAGCCAGAUAUCAUGUAUGCUAACGUUGUUGUUGACCCAAAGGAGGCGAGGCGCAGGAAGAAGAGAAGGAUUAAGAACAAGAAGAAGGAGCUGGAGCGGGCUAAGCGGAUGCAGGAGGCGAAGCAGGAUCCUGAGAAGGCGAACAAGAUCGCGUGGGAUACAGCAAGAAGACGGGCUGCUGGGGAGAAGGUGCAUGAUGACCCCAAGUUGAUUAAGGAGAGAUUGAAGAAGGAGGAAAAGCGGCAGCAGAAGCAUGCUGCUCAGUGGAAGGAGAGGCAGAAGACUGUGGACAAGCAGAGGAAGGAGAAGCAGAAGAAAAGGACAGAGAACAUCCGGGAGCGGGCACACCAGAAGAAGAUGCGCAAGAUUGAGAAGCGUGAGAAAAAGCUUAUGCGCCCUGGAUUUGAGGGCCGCAAGGAUGGUUAUGUCAACGAGUAACAUCUAUGUCCAAGGUUGUCCAGGAAGUGGUUUACCAUGUUUUCUUUGAGAACUUCAUUUGCUGAUAUGGGUAGUUGGUGCUUGUAAUAGGUUACCAAUUCAUGGCUGCUAAAAUGCCUUAGCUAUUGCAUGAACUUUCAAUAUUUAGCAGCUCUACAGAAGAGUUUGGAGUACUUAUAUAGCUGCGUUCUCUUUUACCAAGUCAUGCCUUGCUAGUUCUUUCCAGCACAUUGAUCAACUGGCAUUGCUGAAUUGUGCUUCUGUGGAUGCCUGUUUCGUUCUUUAUAUCAUUAGUGAUAGAUAGUGCUUCUGAAAUGGUGUUUGACUGGGGACCAGAGUGAAUCAGAACUGCUGUAGCAAACUUGUCAUCUUAA